CCAUGGCUCCUGCCUUGAUUGAAACUCCGCAAGACUCGGAGAGAAUCUACGUCAAAGACCAAGUCCAGGAAGGAUACAAGGAGGCCUUUGCCCAAGGUCCCAAGACAACAAACUAUGACAACGAAUUGAAGGGCGUUGGAAAGCACCCUCCAGCAAAGUACCCACACUACCUUCCAGUAUGGGUUAAUGAAAAGGAUAUUGGAGGAAAGUAUCCUCCCAACGAGCCUUUUGAAGCCUACGAGCACGGAAUAGAUGCCGAUCCGUCUUUCAAGAACCUGUUCAAGGGAGCCACCUCAAUCGAAGACCUCACUGCAAACAUAGGAGCAGAAGUCAAGGGUAUCCAGCUGAGUAAACUCGACAAGGCUGGCAAGGACGAGCUGGCCCUCUUUGUCGCACAAAAGAAAGUCGUCGCUUUCCGCGAUCAAGACUUUGCAGACCUACCAAUCCAAGAAGCCCAAGACUUUGCCGAAUACUUCGGCCCCUCACACAUCCAUCCUGCUUCCGGCGCUCCAAAGGGCUUCCCAAAAGUCCACCUGGUCCACAGAUCAGCAGCCGACACAACCGCCAAAGACUACUUCGAGGAGCGUACCAACAGCAUAACCUGGCACAGCGACGUGACCUACGAGCAGCAGCCCCCAGGCACCACAUUCCUCUACAUCCUGGACGGGCCCUCUGCAGGCGGCGACACCUGUUUCGUCAACCAAGCAGAAGCCUACCGCAGACUGUCUCCAGAGUUCCAGAAGCGUUUGCAUGGGCUCAAAGCCAUUCAUUCUGCUCACGAACAAGCGCAGAACGCUCUUGCUCGUGGCAGCAUUGUGCGACGUGAUCCCGUCGCCAACGCUCACCCCGUGGUCAGGACACACCCUGCCACUGGCGAGAAGGCCUUGUUCGUGAACCAGCAAUUUGUGAGGCGUAUUGCAGGUUUUAAGAAGGAAGAGUCGGACUACUUGCUCAAGUUCCUUUACGAUCACAUUGCGUACUCGCAAGACAUCCAGGCCAGAGUCAAGUGGGCACCUGGAACCGUCAUUGUUUGGGACAAUCGUGUCACUGCUCACAGUAAGUUGCCACUCGAUUGUGUUUUUCUCGAGGAACAUGCUGACCUUUGUGCUUCUCAGCCGNCCAUCCUUGAUUGGCAGGACGGACAACGCCGCCACCUUGCUCGGCUGACUCCACAGGCCGAGGCGCCUUACGAGACUCCUUUCGAGGAGCCAGCCAAG